AUGCUACUUCAGGCUCUUCUUGACUAUGAAAGGCAUAAAACUAAAGGUAGUGAGCUGAAUGUGCCUAUUACUUCUCAUGCAGAGCCAAUGAAUAUUGAAAAUCAGUGUGUCCAAGGUUCAGCAUCAUCAGGUAGGGCACGGAGAGAUGCUGCGGCUAGGGCUAUGCAGGGUUGGCAUUCACAACGUCUCCUGGGAAAUGGUGAAGUUAGUGAUCCUAUUAUUAAGGAUAAGAACUCUCUGUCUAUGCAAAAGCGUGAAAAGCAGAUUAGAAACAUCAAUGUACUUAAACGCAAGAAAUCAUCAGACAUGGUGAAUGCAGUCAAAAUUGCUCACAGUAAACCAUCUAAACCACAAUUGGACACAUCUGUGGUAGACAUUGGACCUCCUGCAGAUUGGGUAAAAAUCAAUGUGCAAAAAACUAAAGAUUGUUUUGAGGUCUAUGCUUUGGUUCCUGGCCUUCUGCGGGAAGAGGUGCGUGUUCAAUCAGACCCAGCUGGACGCUUGGUCAUAAGCGGUGAGCCUGUGCAUUCUGACAAUCCAUGGGGGGUGACACCUUUCAAGAAGGUUGUCAGUUUGCCUUCAAGAAUUGAUACUCAUCAGACAUCUGCUGUGGUGACUUUGCAUGGACAACUGUUUGUUCGAGUUCCAUUUGAGCAAUCCGAAUAG